UUUAAUGCUCAAGUUAUUAAUUUAGAAACGCCACAUAGACCUAGUCAUUUGCCACGUUGCAUACGUUUACAAAAAAACUACUGAAGAUUUAUAUUUGUCUGCUUGUUUUCAUGUAUUAAAUACGUGAAAGAAUUGGACAUCACGACCUGAAACGAUACCAAGAGCACUGAAUAGAAACUAUAUUAGGGAAUUACACUCCUCAUAUGAGUAAUACUACUUAUUCAUUAUGAAAAGAAUUGCAAUUGUUUUUAUAAUAAUCUCAUUGGUCUACGGUGAAAUUUGUAAACUAGAUGAACAAGAACUAACAGAAUUGGAAAAAUCCUUCGAUGAAGCAGAAAUUUAUACGAGAAGAGAAGCUUCAAAUGAAAAUGCAGCGAUUUGUAUAGGAACCACAAGGGCAGGGAAAAGUACUUUAAUUAAUUACUUAAUAGGCAAUGAGCUAAAGGCCGUCAGAUUUUCAAGAUAUGGCGAUAUUAAAAUAAUUAAAGCAGACAAUCGAUCAAUUGGACCGGAAAUUGGCCUCGGACCAACGUCAAAAACUACAAUUCCCACAAAAUGGAAAUCAAAAAGAUUGAAUAAUUUGAUCAUUUUUGAUGCUCCUGGAUUUCAAGAUAAUAGAGGACCAGUACAAGAAAUCACUAAUUCUUUCUAUCUCUAUCAAUUGGCGAAAAAUGUUAAUUCCUUAAAAUUUAUUUUAGUUAUUAAUUUUGCAGAUAUUGAACAAGACAAUAUUACACCAUUCAUGAAGCUUUUACUUGAUUUUGAUAAAUUUUUUGGAAAUAAGUUCAAAGACUUUUUUCAAAGCAUAUCAGUGAUUUUCUCAAAAGUACCCCAUGAAAUGUAUGACACAGAAGUUGAUAUUAAAAUGAUUAAACACUUAUUGAAAAGAAAAGCUCCUCUAGCAGGGAAAACAUCUUCCAAUAAUGUAAAGGAUUUUCUUUCUUAUAUAACGGAAAAUAAUGAUAGUAUUGCAUUAUUCAAAAAAUCAAAAGAAACAGGAACUAUUUCCGAUGAUAUCGAAUUAAACAUUUUCUCAUCUAUUAAUAACUCUAAAAGUGUAAAUAGAAGCGUUCUUCAAAAUAUUGCUCCAAGUAUUUCGGAUAAUUCUCUGCUUUGCCUCUACUAUUCAAAAGACAAAUGGGUAUCAAUGGCAGAAAUUAAUGAAAUUGAGAAAUCAUUAUUACUUACAUUUAUUGAGGUGCUCUCUGUCAGUUACAGUGUAACUGAAAAUUUAUCUAGUAAUGAAAUAUCAAGUAUUAAAGGAAUCUUAAGUGAUAUGGAAAAUUUACUGAAUAAUGCUAUUACAAAUAAAUCUGAUAUUUACGAGAAUAUUGAAACUUUAAAAAAAAUUAGUUUGACAGUGCAGAAUAAGAUUUAUGAGAGUAAAUAUUUAAAAAAAGUUAAAAUAUUUAUGUUUGUUUCGAAUUUGUUACAUUCGAAUGAAAGUGAAGACUUAAAACUGUCUAAUGAGGAACUAAUGUUAACAAUGCAUGGUGUAGUCAAGAAAAACGAAGAAUUAAUGAAAUUAUUGAUACAACAUGUAGAGAAUAAUGCAAAGAAUGAAAAUGAUACUUUAUUAUGGGAAAAAUUGAAAAAUAUUGUAUUAAAAUACGAGUUUCUUUUAUAUCUAUAUAUAUCGAGGAGAAUAAAACGAAAACAUUCAGACAAAUAGUUUUUAAAAAUUAGUUUACUCUAAUGUUUCUAAAUCUAAUUGAUUUCCUCUUCAGGGAGUCUAUUAAAAUAUAAACUAAUAUACAAAAAUACCAAAAAAAUAUUUUUAACAUUCGUCAAUCAAAAAAUAAAUUAUAAAAAAUAAAUAAAUCAGUCUAACAUUCAUUCAUAAAUAAUAAAA